AUGGCGGAGCCCACGCUGUGCUCUUUCCUCACCAAAGUGCUGUGCGCGCACGGCGGCCGCAUGUUCCUGCGCGACCUGCGUGCGCACGUGGAGCUGACGGAGACGCAGCUGCGCGCCGUGCUGCAGGCGGCCGGGCCCGCGCUCUACCUUCUGCAGGACGUGGCGGGGCCCGAGGGCCUCCUGCUGCAGGACGCGGCCGGACCCGAGGGCCUCGGCGGCGACGACGCAGCCGCGGCCUGCAGGGUGGUGGCCGUCUCCUCCGCGCGCCUCUGCGCCCGCUACCAGCGCGCCGAGUGCCCAGCCUGCGACCAGCUGCACCUUUGUCGUCGCCACAUGCUGGGCAAGUGCCCGCACCGCGACUGCUGGUCUACCUGUACGCUUUCCCAUGAUAUCCACACACCUGGCAACAUUCAAGUCCUGAAAAACCACGGGCUUUUUGGCCUCAAUGAGGCCCAGCUUCGAAUCCUGCUUCUGCAGAACGACCCCUGCCUUUUACCAGAGGUCUGCUUGCUCUACAACAAAGGGGAAGCUCUCUAUGGCUACUGCAACCUCAAGGACAAAUGCAACAAGUUCCACGUGUGCAAAUCCUUUGUCAGGGGGGAGUGCAAGCUGCAGAACUGCAGACGGUCCCACCAGCUCAUCCAUGCCACUGCCCUCAAGGUGAUCGAGGACCAGGGCCUGAACCUGCCCAGUGUCGUCAAUUUCCAGAUCAUCGCCACGUACAAGCACAUGAAGCUACACAAUAUGUUUGAGCAUCAGGACGAUUCAGCUUCUGCUGCCAAGCCUGCCAAGGGCUCUGAGAAACAAGGCGUGCGCCCAGCUGGGGCUGCGGAGGCCGGCCCUCCGUUUUCUGCCCGGGCCGCCAAGGAGCCAGGACCAAGUAAACCCUAAAGGGUGUUGGUGAAAUAAGGAGACACUUGUCCGGCUUGCAAGGUGUGAAAACGAGGAGCUUCUUUUGAGCUUUACUUUGCAACCAUUCAUUCGUUUAAUCAUUUAUUGCUGUCAGUCCUAAGAACCGCCUCCCCUACCCCCUCCACAGGGGGUUCUGAGAAUUAGAGAAGAUGGAAAAGAGGAGCUAUCUGAUCUUGGGGAUGAAAAGGAGGAUGGGUGGCUGAGGAUGAGCUGGACAUUGAGU